CUACCGUCGUCAGCGACGUAGGCCGCCGCGCAUCAAAACUUGUAGUUGGGAUUCACAUCUCAACCUUUUGUAUCAGCUUUCGUUUUGUAUCCAAUUUUAGCAUUUUUUUCCUUCAUAUCGCAAUGUUUUCGGGCUCCAACUCGUACCUGGGCGGAAAUGCCGGCCGCCCUACAGGCCCGCCGCAGCAGCAGCAGCAGUUCAACUCCUAUAACCAGAAUCAACAACCAAAUAGCUUUCCUCAGCAACAGCAUGCCCAAACCGGGGGGUUUCAGAUGAACCCGCAGCCUACGGGCUUUCAACCUCAGCCGACCGGUUUCCAGCAGCCUGCGCCGUUGCAAUCCCAAUACACUGGCUUCCCAGGCGCCCAGCCUCAAUAUGGCCAGCAGCAGCAUGACUUUGGAGCUCCGCCGAUGCCAAUGCAGCAACCUCAGCAGCAGCAGCAGCAACCCCAAGCACCGGUCCUACCCCAGCCGACGGGGUUUAGCCAAAUGGCAGCUUCCUUCCAGACGGGAGAUUCGAAACCAAAGGGCAGACGACAACCACAAGCCAAGUCGACAAAGAUACCGAGCAUACGGCUAUCGUUCAUUACCGCUAAAGACCAGGCGCAGUUCGAAACUCUCUUCAAGUCUGCUGCGGGGGAUGACCAGGCCCUCUCGGGAGAUAAGUCUAGGGAUAUAUUAUUACGAUCAAACUUAGACGGAGACUCUCUGUCCCAAAUAUGGACUCUUGCGGAUACGACAAGAUCAGGACACUUAUUGUUCCCCGAAUUCGCAUUGGCUAUGUAUCUAUGUAAUUUAAAGCUCGUUGGCAAGCAGUUACCACCAUCGCUUCCAGAGCAUAUUAGAAACGAAGUUUCAAGCAUGGUCGAUAUUAUAAACUUCGGCGUCGCUGACGAUGCGCCUCAACCAAGAACGAACGUCCCCGACUUUAAUACUCGAUCUUCAACUGCGUCGCCCCCUACGAUCCAGCAGCCGCAACCAAUGGCAUCGAACUCCCAGCUACUUACAGCACAAAUGACCGGAUUCCAGCAGCCGCAACAAACUGGCUUCCAGGGAGGGUUUCAGCCGCAGCCAACUGGGUUUGGUGGUCAGCAGCAAAACUUCCAAAAUGCGACCAACCCGCAGGCUACUGGCUACACUGGACCACGGCCACCAAUGCCUCCUAUGCCAACUGGGUAUGGACAGGGUGGCGGCUUAAUGCCCCCCGGUGGUGGGAUGGGAGGCAUGGUGGCGCCACUCAACGCCCAGCCAACAGGAGUUCCUGGCCAGUGGGGAUUGGUAAAUGCCCCAGCUACGGGGCUUCCCAACAUCGAUGCGCUGCAAGCUCGCAUGAUGCCUCAGCAAGGCCGCGAGCAAGGCAACUUCACCACCGCUGGCUUGUCUGGAAAUGCUGUUAUCCCAUGGGCUGUGACAAAGGAUGAGAAGACGAGAUAUGACUCUCUUUUCAAGGCCUGGGACGGUUUGGGCAAGGGCUUCAUUGGUGGCGAUGUUGCUAUUGAAGUCUUUGGACAGAGUGGCCUCCCUAAGCCUGAUCUCGAAAGAGUUUGGACUCUGGCAGAUAACGGAAACAAGGGUCGCUUGAACAUGGAUGAAUUUGCAGUUGCCAUGCAUUUAAUCUACAGAAAGCUUAACGGAUACCCGCUUCCUGCUCAACUGCCAGCCGAGCUUGUGCCGCCUUCGACUAGAAACUUCAACGAUUCUAUUGGAACUGUGAAGUCUCUUCUUCAGCAGGAGUCUGCAUAUAGAAAGGAUUCUGGCGCCAACCUGCUUCCCCAGAAGACUGGCGUCAGCUACUUGAAGAACCACUCGUUCCGCGGCGAUUCGAACCAACUUAGGAGCAAUCGUAAAGAUGCCACCGUUUUCAAGAACAACGACGACGAUGUUGGAUAUAAAUCAAGCGCUCGUAGACGCUUAGGCACUGGAUCACCACGCCCAGAAUCUCCGUCCUCGACUACAAGCGAAGACCUUACCUUGGACCAGCUAAAGAAGAAAAUCCGCGAGAAGCAAGUGGUUCUUGACGCGCUCGACUUCAAGGAUGAGAAUGCUGCCGAGGAGGAUGACGUUCUUGACAGACGUGAUCGCCGGGAAGCGGAUGAGCUUUACAGGCGCAUCCGUCGUGUUCAAGAGGACAUUGACAGCCACCCAGACGCAGCACUCCGAAAUGUGGACUCAGGGGCUGAACGCCGCGCCCUGAAGCGUCAAUUGCAGACGCUAACAGAUAGCCUACCUGACAUCGCAAGCCAAGUCCGCCGCACAGAGCGCGCCAUCGCCGAAGCAAAGCUUGAGCUCUUCCGCCUUAAGGAUGCCAAGGCUCACCCAAGCACUGCGUCAAGCAUCGUUGGAACUGGACCAGGUGGUUCCGUGACCGAGUCAGACAGACUCAAGGCACGAGCUAAGGCUAUGAUGCAACAGCGUUCUGCGGCCCUUACCGGAAAGAAGAUCGAGACUGUUGAUGAGGACCUUGCAGCUCCCAAACGUCUGGAGGAGGAAAACAUUAAAAUCAAGACGGAACGUGAGAACAACGAGAGAAUGGUCAAGGAUGUCGAGGAUAGCGUUCGUGAGUUUGCGCAGGGUCUUGAGGAUGGCUUAAAGGAGGGAUCUCAAAGUUCGUCGAGCGAGCAUGAGAAGCGCAGAUGGGAGGACGGACUUGGUGUUGAGGACGAAGUCAAGGAUUUCAUCUUUGAUUUGCAAAGGUCGACCAGAAGUGCCAGGGUUCGCAAUGAAGAUCGUUCUACCAGUAGAGGCACAGUGGAAGAUAGACGCGAUCGCGAUACUUCCGCAUCCCGUUUCCGAAGCAGUGCUUCGCCAGCGCCGACAAGUUCCCGCCAAAGCUCCUCCCCCGCACCAAGUGGCGGCGGUGGCUCGUACGCCUCUUACAAGACCCCUGAAGAAAGAGCUGCCUUUAUCAAGCAGCAGGCUGAGCAACGCAUGGCUGAACGUCUGGCUGCCCUGGGUAUCAAGGCUCCUUCCAAGUCUGGCGAGAGCGCUCACCAGAGGGCAGAGCGCGAGAAGAAUGAGCGGGCAGCUAAACUUCGCCAAGCUGAGGAGGAAGAUGCGAAGCGCGAGAAUGAGAGACAGGCGAGAAUAGCUCAGGAGGAGGGUCGCCCUGCGCCAGCAGCUGCUGCCUCCCCAGAGGUUGCCAAGAAGCCACCCCCACCUCCAACGAGGAAGGCUGCUAAGAGCGAGGUGGAAACCCCAAGAAAGGCUGAGGAGGACAGAGUCCAUCAAGAACAUGAGGCUCAGCAGAUAGCAACUAAGGAACUGGAGGAUGAUGCACAGCGCCAGGAACGCGAGAUUGCCCAGGAGCGCGAGGCCACCGAAGCCCGCUUGAAGGCCCUCGAGGAGCAAGUCAAGGCCGGUAAGAUCAAGAAGGAAGAGGAGAGGCGCAGAAGGAAGGCAGCGCAAGCCGAGGCGAAGGAAAAGGAAGCAAAGCUUGCCGCCCAGCGUGCUGAGAUUGAAACUGCUCGCCAACGCGAGAUUGAGCUUCAGCGUCAACUUGAGGCCAUUGAUGACGAGAGUUCGUCGGACGAGGAGGGUCCCCAGGACAUCACUCCCCAGGCAGCAACUCCUCCGAGAGCCGCCGAGAAGCAGGUAUCCCCACCAGCGCCAGCGCCUCCUAUCAUCACGGCAACCUCUCCCCCAUCAGCUGCGGCCAGCACCUCGAACAUCAGCUCCCCACAGGCAGAUACCGCCACCCGCAACCCCUUCUUCAAGAACUUGGGCCAGCCGAUGGUUCCAGGAGCAGGCGCCCCUGUUGCAUCGCCCCCCGUCGCAUCGCCUCCUACACAGGACACAAACCCAUUCCAUCGUCUUCCUCCGCAACAAGCUGCCGCCAAGGCUCCCGAGCCAGUCCAGCCCAGCCCAACAGGCGCAAGACCUUCUCGCGUCCGCCCAGAAGAAGACGAGUGGUCCGUUGUCGGUUCCGACCGCGAGGACUCCUCCGACGAAGAGGAAGGACCUGGUGCCGGAAACGCACGCCAGCUUGCCUCGAUGCUAUUUGGAACCAUGGCGCCUCCCCGCCCACUUUCUGCUGCCGAUGACACACGCGCUUUCUCCCCGGUUAGCCCUGGCGUGACGUCCCCAGUGGCCGAGACUCCUACUCCCACUGGCGCUCCACCAGCACCUCCCCCACCGCCUCCAAUGCCUGGUAUGGGCGCGCCGCCUAGUGCACCACCGCCACCUCCUAUGCCUGGUAUGGGUGCUCCUGGUGCGCCACCUCCGCCACCACCUCCUCCUCCAGGUGCGGGACCACCUCCGCCUCCGAUGCCGCCUGCAGGCGGACCGCCAGCGGCGGGUAGACCUAUGGCACUACUUGGCGAGAUCCAGGGCGGUCGCCAGCUGAGGAAGACGCAGACGAAGGAUAACAGUAGCGCUUCGGUUGCGGGUAGGGUUUUGGAUUAGUUUGUACAAAGAUAGUGGAGGUGUUGGGAUUUGGAUGAGGCUUGACGAGGUCGAGUAGAGUGUAUGGUACAUAGCAACCCCCUCGGGGUUUAUUCUAGAAAUCCUUUACCUUUAUAACCACGCA